GUAUGUUUUUGUCCAUGUGUAUCUCAGGGCACCAGGUUAAGCAAGGGACGUGUGAAGUGGUCGCUGUGCACCGUUGCUGCAAUAAGAACAGGAUUGAGGAGCGAUCUCAGACUGUCAAGUGCUCUUGCUUCCCGGGGCAGGUGGCUGGUACAACGAGGGCUCAGCCUUCCUGUGUUGAAGCCUCCAUUGUUCUACAAAAAUGGUGGUGUCAUAUGAAUCCAUGCCUAGAUGGAGAAGAUUGUAAAGUGCUUCCAGAUUAUUCUGGCUGGUCUUGCAGCAGUGGCAACAAAGUCAAAACUACUAAGGUCACCCGGUAGCCCAGAAUUAGCUGUGCUUUCUUGUUGGUGAGAAGAACACAUGUGCCAGCAUGCUCAUUCAGAUGAUCACGUAAACCUUCUGAAUGAAGAUUUUCUUGGACUUGAGGAAUUUGAGUCUCCAAAGAGGCAUCUUGGAUGGCAACAUCUCCUGUCCGCUCUAGCACCACUUGCUUUUUAGGAUGUCUCCUGUUUGGGAUAGUGCAAAUUUAAGAAAACUGAAUUUGUCUCUUAAAUAACACAUUCUGGAUUCUCACGGAUUAUAAGUUUUUGAGAAAUCCCCUAAAGUGGGUCAAAUCUAAGAAAGUUUGAAAGGAAAUUGCUUCUUUCAUAAAAGUGAUUAUUUUGAUUACCAAGGAGAAAUGGUUGAAUUUGAAACAACCCACAGCUGUUCUUUAUGUGUAUAUAUAUAUAUGUAUUUCCCCCCAAUAUACAGUGCAUUGGCUUGGGCUGAAAUUUACCAAAUAUCCAAUGGACUUAAAGGAAGAUGCAAGGAAAGCAUGUUGUCAGUGAGUUUUAUGGAUAUGGAUCAAUGAAAUAGGGGAAGCAAAUUUUAUGAAUCUCUAGCAUCAGUGAGCUCUAUUUUUUGGUUACAAUAUGUGUAAUUUCCCUCAUCAUUUCAAAUUUUGACUUGUUGGGAAUAGAUUGACUCUUUUAGUAACUGUUUGUUAGAUAGAUAAAUAAUUGAGUUUGAAUUAUUCUUCAGGUGUUGACUUCUGAAUGUGAAAUAGUUAGGCGUUAGUGCAACAUCUCUCUUCUUAGAUUUGUUAAUGAGAUCCCUAUUAAGGGCAGAUAUAUAAAGAGAGGAAGUUUUGUUUAGAUUUUCAGGCUUUCAACUAUAUUGGAAGAAGUUAUUUAAAAUUCAAAAAUAUCUCUGUUCUAGAUGAAAAAGAAUGAUCUUCCCUUGAUCCAGUUUAUGGUAAUUAUAAGAAUUCUGCAUUCAGUUCUUUAACAGAACCAAUUGUUUAAAAUGCCCACUUUUGGGAGGGAGAUAAUGAUUUCAUAUUACCUUAGAUGUUUGUCCCAUUGUUUUCCCCAUUGGUGCAUUAUUCAUCUUGUUUCUGGAAAUGUAACUGUCAAAGGAAGUGAAAUUUGAGUUCCUUUUCCCCUAGCUUUAUUAUUUUGAAAUUCAGAUGCCUCAAAAUAGACCAAAAUACAGUGAUGCAAAUGUGCCGAUAAAUGGCUGUUGACCCAGAUGCCAAGUGCAUAGCGUUUAUGAAUAUGUACACACUAUUCUAAUAAUAUGGGACUGAUUUUUUUAUAUCUUCAGAAAUGCCAAAAACUUAUACUUUGUUGCACUAAUUUAGUCCAUUGUACACAUUCUUUCUAGUUUAUGAGCAGUAGCACUAAUAUUGUAAUGCUGUUUAUAACAGUGACAAUUAAAAUUUGAUUUUGCUCCUGUAGAAUGAUAAAAGUUGAGUGCAGAAAACCAGUUGUGUGGAUCCAUUGUUUGUUUUUUAGGCUUUUGUAUUUUAAUUUUAAACUUUCCUACUCUUAGGUUCCUGGUAGAUGUAUUUAUUGGUCAAUAAGUAAAAAACAAAACAAAACAAACAAAAUCCUUUUUUGCUGAUGUUUGAAAGAGAUGUGAUUAUUCUAGACUGGAGAUAAGUGUGCACAUUCUCAAACAUCAUAGACUUUGCAUUUAAAAAAAACCUGCAUCUCUUGUCUAAGUAGGAAGUGCAGGGUCUACUCAUGGGACUGAUCCCCUUGUUGAUUGGUAUAAAAACUUAAAUUUUCUCCGUUGGGACUGAUUCAUCCGUCUUUAGGCAACCUGUGCUUCUUCUCUUCCUGCCUCUUGGGAUUUCAUCACAUUAAUGCUAAACUUACUGCAGACAUAGCCUGUUGAUGCUCAGAAUUCUUCAGUUUGAGAUCUGACAGCCUCUGACUCCUAGUUAACUGGGAUUAUAGUCAUAUGUCACAAGUCCUAGCUUUGGAAAUUCAAUGAAUUAACAAAAAAGAGGGGGCAACCUUAAAAUCUAAGUCAGCCAUGCUUUUGAUAAAGAUAAAUUUUUUUUUUAUUUACCAAUGAUGUGUCAUGAAGAGAAGAUUAGUAAAAAUUUACAAAUGUCACUCCUAUGAUUUUUCAUUGUACAGUUUAUUCUUGGUCUCUUCCCUCUCCCUUCAACAUAACUCUUUCUUACUAUCUUAGGAGAAUAAGUAGAUUUGGAGCUAAAAGCAGCAUGAGCCAUUACUUAGUUCACUCACCUCAUUUGACAUACGAAGAAACUGAGGCAGUGAAAUGAUUUGUCCAAAGUGAUACAGAUAAUUAAUGACAAAAGGAGAAUUUUUUUUUCUGUUUCAUACCUAUAUGUAAAGGAUCCGUGAUUUCUGUGGGAGAGCUUGCUUGACCAGGGCCCAUUGUAAUGUGUCUAUGACUUUAAGACCCAGAGAGCUGCCUGAUGUUCAGUUAGGUUUAAGUGAAUCUCCUAGCCAGUAAAUGUCAAAGAUGGGAUUUGAGCCUGUGUCUUUAUGAUUACAAACCCAGCACUAUUCAGUUAUGCUAUCUUGUCAUUUAUGAUUUUAGUAUCAAUGCCAUUAGUUGGAAUAACUAAAUAACUAAAAAUAUUACCAUGGACAAUUUUUUGGUAAUUUUUCUUCAGGUAAGAGAGGUCUUAGUAUUUCCUACUGUCUCUUCCAUAUAACAUUUUUAAGUGGAAAUUUUCUUCUUUUUUUUUUCCAUGUCCCAACUUGUUUCUUUUAAUUAAUGGUUCCUUAUGUUCCUAUUCAGUCAGAGAAUAUAGAAAAAUACUUCAAGGCCUCUGAUUUAUAUAAUUGGUAUCAAAUUCAAAUAGAAACCGGGGCCACUGAAGCAUACAUAAGAAUUGCUGUAAGCAGAAUAGUCUUAGAAACUACAUGUUAGCAUUAUCUAGAUUCUAUUAUAUUUUUGUUUAUUUUAUUAAAUAUUUCCUGAUUAUUUUUUAAUCUCAUUGGCAUUGAAGAGUGUGGAAGGCAAAAGGCUUGAUACUUUUGCUCUCCAUUUACAAAUCUUAUUAUUAAAAUUUUAAAUUAAAUGAGUUUAAUUGUGCCAAUAAAUGAGUCAACAAAGGAGUGAUAAAAUGAUAAAGGCAUCUCAAUCAGGUAAUACAGGAUAUACAUGACAUCUAGGAAUACAAUGAUACACCCAUUGUACACAGCUGUCAUUAGGUGACAUCAGGAGUAUUGCAUUUAGUCCUGAUGCAAUAUUUUAAGAAGAACAUUGAUGAGCUAAAGAAUUCCCAAUCAGCAUGAUGAAAGGCUUUGCACUUAUGCCAUAUCAGGAUUAGUUGGAAAUACUAGGGAAAUUUAUGUUAGAAAAGAGAAGACUCAGGGACAUGUGAUAUGAGUCUUAAAAAAUGGAUAAAGGAGACAUUUGUUUUGUUUGGUCCCAAAGGUCAAAAGUAGAAAUGAUAGAUGGAAGAUGCAAAAUGAUAAAUUUAAUCCUGAUGCAAAGAAGAAGCUAUAUGGCUUAAUGGAUAGAAUGCUAUAUCUGAAGUCAGGAAGACUCAUCUUCAUGAGUUUGAAUAUAGCCUUACCCAUUUACUAGCUGUGUGACCCUGGGUAAGUCACUUUACCCUGUUUGCCUCAGUUUCCUCAUCUGUAAAAUGAAUGGGAGAAGAGAAUGGCCAACUACUACAUGAUCUUUACCAAGAAAAGCCCAGAUGAGUUGAUGGAGAGUCAUGCAUGGCUGAAAUAACUGAAUAACAAACGGGAAAACUUCUUAUCAGGUAGCACUAAUCCAGAAUGGGAAGGACUACCUUGAAUCCUCUUACUGCACAUUUUCAACCAAAGGCUAUACACUUAUUUAGAGGGUAUGUUGUGAAAACAUUGAUGGGAUUAGAUGCCAGCUUCUUAAACAGUGGGUUGUGACCUCAUAUGAGAUCUUGUAAUUGAAUAUGGGGUUUAUGAAAUUAUGAUUUAUUAUUAGUAAAUGUUUGUUUGACUUGUAUGCAUAUUUUAUAUAUCUAUAUAUCUGGAGUUAUGUAAAAAUUUCUAGGGUGAAAAGGUAUCACAAGUGGAAAAAAAGUUUAAGAAGCCCUGGACUAGACAACCCUUGAAAUCUUUUCUAAUUCUGAGAUUCUGUAGUUAUUACAUUAGUCAUUUAUUUAGCAGCUAUAUAUACAACACUGUGGAUAGAAGUAAGAAUUGUUAAUUGAAAAGGAAAUUGUGUGGAUUAUGGAAAAGAGAUACAUGAAAAUAAUAUUGUGAGACAUUUAAAGGAAACCACACUUUUGCCUCAUUUAUUUGUAUAUUUUGGGCCAAAAUAUUGAUGUUCUACGUCAUCUAGAAAACUGUCUCAGUUUUCCCUUGUGUAGCUACAACUCCGGUGCAAAUUUCUUGCUUUAUGGACUGAGUUAAUUCUUUGAAGACAAGUAAAAUUCUUUGCUCAGGAAGGGGUAGUCUACUAAGAGGAAUCCUGCAGACUUCAAAUAGAUACUGCUUUCAUGUGGGAAAGAAUUUACACAAAUAUAGGAGUAUUGACUCACAGAAAUCUUAUAGCUCAUAAAGGACUAGGAAAAAUGAUAAUACUUUACUUUAUGGGACUUUUUUGAGGGUGAAAACUACUUCUAGAGAAUAAAUUGGGCAUUUGGGGAAAGUGUCAGAUGAUUCUGCUGCCAUUAAGUGAAUUAUCUCUUUGGGGUGGGUGUCCCUUUUUAUCCAGUUUAUUAACUCUCUGGGUCCUAUUAUGCCUCCAUCUUUGAAGAAGCAUUUUGUUGCCAUCAUCCCUAUUGUUUUUCUGUUGGGAAUUAAGAUAGAGAUGUAUUUCUAUAGCUUCACAGAAUUGGAAGCUGAGACUGAGACUCAUGGAUAAAAUGCAGCUGGUCAUGUGAGCAAGAAUAAGUGAGUUCUAAAGUGUCAUGAUUCUUGGUAAUAUCUCCUCUUCUCUAGAAACAUAAAAUCUGUGUAAGAUCUUACAAGACUUGCAUUUUGAGGCCUGAGAAAUAAUGGUGGGGCACUGUAGCAUAGUUCACUGGGAAGAAGGCCACAAUCAGAACAUGAAAAGGAAGUUUACAGCUUACUCUCCCAUGAAAACUGUGUGAAAGUUGUCGACAUCUACCCUUGUUUUCUAACAUUCUCCAAUUCUAAUCCUUUUCUUGGUUGUGUAAAUUGUCAAUUUCACUUAUUUUAUGCUAGGUGUUGACUUCUCAGGACAGUUUUAAUCCAAUUACUAUCCAGGUAUCCCAACAUGUCCAACUUCUGCCCUCAGAACAAAGGCAUCCUUUUGAUAGCUGACUCUGAGCUCUGGGACAGUGAUCAAUAGUAAGAGCUCUGCUUCUUGAUCUCCUUUUUUUUUGGGGGGGGGGAGACGAGAUAGAGUAAGCCUCAUAGGAUGAACAUGUAUGAAUGUGUUGUGAUCUGGAUCUCAUGUUACAUUAAAUUAUCUUUUUUGUUGAA